AUGACCUCCACCCAGAAGGAUAAAGAGGUGAAGGAACCGGAGGAGGAACCUAUCAAAUUCACCACCUCGCCCGCUUUUCGCCCAGUAGCUGCAAGCCCCAACGAGCGGCCAAAGAAACCACCCCCUUUUUGGGCUCAGGAAUACAUCAUUCAAGUGAGCCUGUGUGCGUUCCUCCUCUAUUUUUGCGUCUUCCGUGAGGAAAACGACAUUGAUUUGAAGAUGAAGGUCGACUUGGGCGAACCCGACGCCGAGGAGCAGCUUCUUGAGCUCGAAAAACGCGGUGCAAACGUGGAGCUUCUCAGGGAGCAAUUGCUAAGGGUUCGGCAAAUUGAGGUUAGCAUGGAAGAGAGCUUGCCCGCUUGA